CGCGCCGCCGCGCCCACCGAGCCCGAAGCCGGACCGACGGCCCGCGGCCCCGCACCGGCUCCGCGCAGCGAGCGAAAGCGAGUGAGCGAGCGAGCACCUUCUCCGCACCAGGCUGAGUCUGCCCCAGAGCUGCGCAGACAGGAGGGUGGUGGCAAUAGCGAUGACGACCAUCACAGCCCCCCAUGACCGUGGACUACUCCUUGGCUGCCUUCCGUGGGUGCCAUGAGUCAAAGUUCCCGGCGAACGGGAAGCCCCGCCCACCCGAAGCCAAGAUGUCCAGUAAGCGGGCCAAGGCCAAAACCACCAAGAAGCGGCCACAGCGGGCCACAUCCAAUGUCUUCGCGAUGUUUGACCAGUCCCAAAUCCAGGAGUUUAAGGAGGCCUUCAACAUGAUCGACCAGAACCGAGAUGGCUUCAUCGACAAGGAAGACUUGCAUGACAUGCUGGCCUCACUGGGGAAGAACCCCACCGACGAGUACCUGGAGGGCAUGAUGAGCGAGGCCCCGGGGCCCAUCAACUUCACCAUGUUUCUCACCAUGUUUGGGGAGAAGCUGAACGGCACAGACCCCGAGGACGUGAUCCGAAACGCCUUCGCCUGCUUCGAUGAGGAGGCCUCAGGCUUUAUCCAUGAGGACCACCUUCGGGAGCUGCUCACCACCAUGGGCGACCGCUUCACAGACGAGGAAGUGGACGAGAUGUACCGAGAGGCACCCAUUGAUAAGAAAGGCAACUUCAACUACGUGGAGUUCACCCGCAUCCUCAAGCAUGGUGCCAAGGACAAGGACGACUAGGCCACCCAGCCCCCCAUGCCCAGGCCCCUGUCCCACUCUCCUGCUCCCCAAACUCACUGUGCUCCAUGCCCGUGAUCCCAUAGGACCCUCUCAGGGGAGCCUCCCUCUGAGGAGCUAGGGGCCCAGCUCCCUGUGGAGGAACAGGCGGAGAGUGCGCAGUGCCAGGCAAGGGGCGCACGGCCGACGUGAGGCAGGUGUUCCACUGGGACCCCCCCGGAGAGGACUGUCUUCCAGGGAGCUGGGCCUCAUGGCUGCUCCCCACCUGACGGGCCCUGUGUCCUGUUGGACACAAGUUCACGUGCACCCCCACACAGGGCAUGACCGCUCUUUCCCAGCCACUGCCACUGCCACAAAGCUCACCAAGGUCCCUUCUCAGAGGACAGGAUGCCAGACCCCUCCUCUGUGCCCUGCCCAGCCACCCCACUGGGAGUGUGAUCCAGAAGAUGCAUGCAGGGUGGAUACUGGACCCAGGGGAGGCAGAAUCUCCAAUAGAAGUCUGAGCACUGC